AUGGUGUCACCGGCAGCAGGCGGCGUCUUGACUGGAUCGGAAAAACUAGGAGAAGGGGGAGCGGCGACUGGGGAGUCACAAGGCGGUGACGGCAAUGAUGUUAUAGUGGUGGGAAACGAUCUUGAACGAAUUCAACAAAUUAAGAAACAACUUGAUGGGGCUUUCAGUAUAAAAGACUUGGGACAACUAAAAUACUUCGUUGGUAUAGAGGUUGCAAAAAUCCAAGGAAGAAUAGUCUUUAGUCAAAGAAAAUAUGUACUAGAUAUCCUCAAAGAUAGUGGGAUGCUGGGUUGUAAACCUAGUCUGUUUCCUAUUAAGCAAAACCUAAAACUGGAUCGAGGAGUGAAGGAAGAACAAGUUGAUGCUAAUCAAUAUCGUAGACUUAUUGGGAGAUUGUUAUAUCUCCAAGCUACAAGAACUGAUGUAACUUAUGCAAUUAACGCAUUAAGUGAAUUCGAUUCAGAUCCAAGAUGGAAUCAUAUGGAUGCGUUAAAUCGGGUGUUACGAUAUUUAAAGGGGACAUAUUGA